CUCCCAGGUUUUCUGCGGUGAUGAAGUCCUCUGUGGCCAUCCUACUGUAGUAAGCCAGAGAGCCACAUUAGUGCGUAACUUUUAAUGUCGUCUGUGCGUCUUCUCCGAGGUUUCACCGAGAGAACUCAGCGACACCCGUGUUUUUCCCUUUUCAUCCCCAAUCUAGCCAGUUAAAACAGGCCAGACUGGACCAGACGCGUACUAUCCUCACCACACCACCUUUCUUGGAUUUUUCUCUCUCCAACCAGUCUGCAUAGUCUGAUCCAUGAAAGAAAACGCUCGGGGUGAUUGUUUGAAGAGCAUAUCUUAGGAGAUAUGGAUGAAGGAACUGACUGAUCCCGAGGAAGAAAAAAAAAAAACGUCUUGCAUGUUUAUUUCUGCAAACUACCAGAAUGCAGUGAAGCGCCCUGGUUGCAGAUUCAGCCUGCUUGGUCAUCGAGCUGGGGAGAAUUUUGGGAGAAGUCGUCUGGAGCACAAAGAGCGUGUUAAACCCGAGGAUACAACAAGUUUCGAGCAUGCAUUUCCUGUGCUGAUGAAGGACUUGGAUAGCGGAGGUGUUGCAGCCCUGUAAUUUGUGGAAAAACUAUCAUUCUCCCCUAAGACCUCCCCAAGACACAAAGUUGGACAAUCUUGAGAAGUUGCCAGUCUGUUUUUAACUGUUAUUGCUCAAGUUGUUGCAUGCGGGGAGUUGGACGCAGCUCAUUGUCAUAGUCGGCGAUUUAAAGAUUGUUAGAUACAUUUUUACAAACAUUCACUGAGUGUUUUGCUACUUUAGUGUUUUGACCACGUCUCUGUUUCUGAGCUGAUCUUAAAUGCGGACUGGGCUGCGGCCAGUGGGUGCACAGCCGAGCUGCCCGUGCAACUUACUUUUGAAUUCUGCCCAAACAGCCGCUUCAUUUGCCUUUUUAUAUCAUUAUAAUGCGUGACAUUAUGGAGUUGACAUACAAGAGUGUUAUUGUCCUGCUGGGGUGCAUCCUCCUGGAGUGGACUCCUCUGGCUUCAGCAGAAGAAGAGGUUCUGAUGAACACCAAGACAGAGACUUCGGAUCUGAAAUGGACCAUCUACCCCCGUGCCAAGCCUGAGUGGGAGGAAGUGAGCGGUCUAGAUGAAGAGACCAACAGCGUGAGGACCUAUCAGAUCUGCCAGGCAGACAGCUCAUCCAGCCAUUGGCUGCGCAGUGGCUUCAUCCAGCGGCGAGGAGCAUCUCAGGUAUACGUGGAGCUGCGCUUCACCAUGAUGGAGUGUUCUUCAAGGACGACCCACCACCGCAGCUGCAAGGAGACGUUCAACCUCUACUAUUACCAGGCAGAUUCAAAUGAAGCCACAGCCACUUACCCACCCUGGAUGGAGAACCCGUACACAAAGGUGGACACAGUGGCUGCAGACUUUCUGCUGAGGAAGGGCGGGGAGCGGAAGUUCAACGUGAAGACAUUGCGACUCGGCCCCCUGUCCAAGAGAGGCUUCUACUUGGCAUUUCAAGCUCAGGGCGCCUGCAUGGCCCUGCUGUCCGUCAGGGUCUUCUUCAAGAAGUGUCCCACCCUGGUCAGCGCGCUCUCCUCCUUCCCCGAGACGAUCCCCCGCACCCUGGUGCAAGAGGCACAGGGUGUGUGUGUGGAGCAUGCCACUCAGCAGGGGCUGCGACCUCGCCCGCCAAAGCUCUUCUGCGGGGAAGACGGCCAGUGGGUGGGCCAGCCGACGACCUCCUGCGCCUGCCUACCAGGGUUUGAGCCCGCUGAGGGACACACACGGUGCACGGCCUGUCUUGUGGGUCAGUUCAAGUCAGGUACAGAGGGACAGUGCACCGGCUGUCCCGGAUUCAGCUAUGCCACUGUCACAGGAUCGUCUGUGUGUGCGUGUCGUGCGGGAUACCUGCGUGCAGAAUCAGACUCUCCUGACACCCCCUGCACCAGGCCACCCUCUGCCCCACGCAGCAUCGUCUCCAAGAUCAAUGAAACCACACUCGCGCUGGAGUGGAACGGGCCGCUAGACAACGGCGGCAGAACAGACCUGAGCUACGCGGUCAAGUGUUCCCUGUGCGGGUCGCCCAAGGGGCCGUGCCUGCCCUGCGGAGACAGCGUCAGCUACCGACCCAUGCAGCAUGGCCUGCUGGGCCGCAGGGUGGAGGUCUGGGGUCUGCUGCCUCACACCACAUACACCUUCUCUAUCCAGGCGCUCAACGGAGUGUCCCAGCUCAGCGGCAAGAGUCCAGCCAGCGAGAGUGUCAACAUCACCACAAACCAUGAUGUGCCAGCACUCGUGUCGGUGAUUCGGAAGAGCGUGUCGACGGAGAGCAGUCUGACUCUCCACUGGUCGGUCCCGGCCCAGCCUCACUACACCAUCCUGCAGUACCAGCUGCGCUACUGUGAGAAGGAGCGCCGGAGUGAGGAGCAGUGCCACUACAGAGAGAGUGACAGAAACCAGGUAGUGCUGAGUGACCUUCGCAGGGCCACCCAGUAUGAGGUGCAGGUCCGGGCGCGCACCAUGGCGGGCUACGGCAGCUUCAGCCCUGCUGCCAUCUUCCGCACCCUGCCUGACGGCCAUGACUCUCCCUCCCAGCUCUUAGUCACCGGUAUCCUUAUCGCCGUGGGGAUGUUACUGCUCGUCGCUUUCAUCUGCGUGGCCGUCUUCUGCAUACGCAGACACAGCAGACUAAAGGAUCCAGAACUGAGUGACAAAAACAGCCAGUACCUCGUCGGCCAAGGGGUCAAGGUUUAUAUCGACCCUUUCACCUACGAGGACCCUAAUGAGGCAGUGCGAGAGUUUGCCAAGGAAAUCGAUGUUUCUUUUGUCAAGAUUGAGGAGGUUAUCGGUGCCGGAGAAUUUGGGGAGGUAUGCAGAGGAAGGCUGAAGAUCCCAGGGAAGAAAGAAAACUAUGUGGCCAUAAAGACGCUGAAGGGCGGCUACACCGACAAACAGAGACGGGACUUCCUGUCGGAGGCGUCCAUCAUGGGCCAGUUCCAGCACCCGAACAUCAUUCACCUGGAAGGCAUCAUCACAGCCAGCUGUCCCGUCAUGAUCCUCACAGAGUUUAUGGAGAACGGAGCACUGGAUUCCUUCCUGCGGCUUAAUGAUAGCCAGUUCACCCCCAUCCAGCUGGUGGGAAUGCUGCGCGGCAUUGCCUCUGGCAUGAAGUACCUGGCAGAAAUGAGCUACGUCCAUCGAGACCUUGCCGCCCGAAACAUCCUGAUCAACAGCAACCUGGUGUGCAAGGUGUCCGACUUCGGCUUGUCCCGCUUCCUGCAGGAGAACUCCUCCGACCCAACCUAUACCAGCUCUCUGGGAGGUAAGAUCCCAAUCCGCUGGACGGCGCCAGAGGCGAUAGCCUUCAGAAAGUUCACCUCGGCCUCAGAUGUGUGGAGCUAUGGCAUCGUCAUGUGGGAGGUCAUGUCCUUUGGAGAGAGGCCAUACUGGGACAUGAGCAACCAGGAUGUAAUUAAUGCCAUAGAGCAGGAUUACCGGCUGCCCCCACCACCCGACUGCCCCACCCACCUCCACCAGCUGAUGCUGGACUGCUGGCAGAAGGAGCGUUCGGCACGGCCUCGCUUCUCUGAGAUCGUCAGUGCUCUGGACAAGCUGAUCCGCAACCCGGCGUCACUGAAAAUAGUGGCCCAAGAAGGAGCAGGGCCAUCCUACCCCCUGCUGGACCAGCGUGCCACCCCAAGCCUCUCAUCGUGCGCCUCAGUGGGGGAAUGGCUGCGGGCCAUCAAGAUGGAGCGCUACGAAGAUAGCUUCCUCCAGGCUGGCUUCACCUCAGUAGACCAGCUGGCCCAGAUCACCACAGAGGACCUGCUGCACAUGGGAGUGACCUUGGCCGGGCACCAGAGGAAGAUCCUUUCCAGCGUCCAGACUCUGAGCGUUAAGAACAAGAUUGCUGCAUCUGUGCCCUUUUAAUCAAUUGUGUAGCUCUCCUGGCUCCCCAACCCCAACAUGAACACCAGCGUAGAGGUGUAGCUGUGGACUGAGAGCACUCUCAAUCCUCUUCCGGGCACCAGUGAGCCACUUUAAAUAUGGACUCCAUGAAGGAUUGACCAAAUCACCAUAGAACAAAGCAUUUCAUUGAUUAUAGAUGGCUUUCCCAUUCGCAUGAGAGGGUUAUCCAAUGAUUGGCCUGUCCGCACUACCCAGACGAACAAUGGAUCAACAUCAGUGCCAAUCCAGAGGUUAUUGUUUCUGUAAUAUUGUGUAAUAAUGAAAAUCAGAGACUAGCUGUUGGCUGGUAAUGUUGUCCCAAUAAAACAACACCUUUCACCAAAGGAGACACAGCGCAUUGCCAAUCCAGUGACUGCAGAUUGCAUAAUGUGGUGUAAUUAUGAGUGAGGACUAUUUUCACCUUAGGUGUCUUGCAUUAAUCCAUUUGGAUUACAUUACUAUGAGGACACCUUUCUCAGAGGACUGGAAAUCUAAACGUUCUUUGUUGGAUUUUCCUUAUGUUUUCAUUUGUUUUCAGAGUUACCUCUUCUUUACUCAGGUGUGAUGUGUAAUACAGACUUUGGAGAGCGCUGUACUCGUCCUAAUCAGUCUUCUUUCAUCUUCCUCAGUCUGGCUCUCCCUUCACCAGCUCAGCAGUGUGUGAACAGAGAGAAAUGGAGACAUAUCAGCACUUUUGUUGUUUUCGCAGAGAAUUGAAUUGUAGUCUUCGGUAACUUCCUGUGUUUCUCUUGGAGUGUGGUGGGUCAUUUCCACUGCCUGUGUUUCUGCUGGCAGCUCAUUUCCACAAUACUCAGACUGAACAAGGACCAAGUGGACGCAGAGACCAGACAACACUGUAGACUUUGUCGUCUUCACAGACUUUUACCAAGGAAGCUAUCUGGCCUCAAAUUUGUUUUGCUGUUGUUUUUGUCAGUUUCAUAAUUGCUAUGUUUUUUUUCUCAUUAUUUUUCACGAUCAUGUGCCAUUCAAUCAUAUUUGUUGAUUUAAAUGCCUAUUUUAUAAUGCAUAAAACCCUUUUGGGUAGAUCGGUUUUAUCUCAUUUAAAAUGUACCUUCAAGGGAUACUUUGACAUUUUGAAUUUUAGUUUAUUAUUUUUCUUAAUCUGAUGGUGGUUGUGUAGCUGGCAAAAUGUAUCUGCAUUUGCCCUGGAGCUAGACUAAAAUGGUUUAUUAACACUCGUAAUAUUUAUUAUGGAAAACAAUGUAGACCUGCAAGCUAAUAAGCUAAUUUUACAGCUGGUGGUAUCCAUUGGUUUCAGUGUGGAUGCUGACAGCACGAGAGCAGCCAGUAUAGAAAAUGGCCCCUUCCAUUGUUAGGUGUUUGCUGAAGAAAAAUAGCAAAUUACAGUUCAAAAUAUUGACGUAUUCCUGAAUGAUUCUGACCAAUUGUGCAUCUCUUCAAGGAUAAUACCGGCCUUUUUGACAAAACAGCUUGAAACCUUGCCAAAAAAAAAAACAAAAAAACUUUAUGUUCAAUACAAAUUCCAUGCAGAGUAUUUUUUUUUUUUUUUUUUUUUUUUUAAGAAUGGUUUUUGACAUUGUGCCAUAAUACAGCCUCUGAGGGAAGACUUUUGUAUUCUUGACAUUUCACAUACACUGGAAGCCCACGGCCAAGGUGAGCCAGCACAAAAUGACUGCCAAACAUUUCAGUGAUGGUAAAAAAAACAAAAAAGGAAAAAAAAAGAUGAUUAAGCUAAAGCAACACAAAAACGUCAAGUCAAAAAACACUGGUAUUGUCAUUCAAGA